AUGGAAGUUAACGCGGAAAGAGCUGGCGCAACUGUGAUCGCCAAGACCGAAGGUCGGGUAGACGGCACCAACGCCACUGAGUUUCAGGACGCUCUCAAAAAUGUCAUCACUCCUGACGACAAGGCAGUGAUUCUGAAUUUUGAAGACCUGUCCUAUAUCAGCAGCGCCGGACUGCGAGUAAUCCUGCUCACCGCCAAGGACAUGCGGACGGCCAAUGUCAAGUUUGCCGUAUGCUCGCUGUCCCAGUCGGUGCGUGACGUCUUCACCAUCAGCGGAUUCGACCAGAUCAUCGACAUCCAUGACGAUCAGCCGACCGCCUUGGGCGCCGUCAGUAACUAG